AUGUCGGGUGGCACCGGAGAAGAGAGGCCUUUGCUAGGCCCCAAGCGUGGCCACGAUGACGCCCAUCAGCGCCGUGUUAUCGCCGUAAGCUUUGCCAUGGUCAUUCUGAUCGACCUUGCUGCUUUCUUCCUUGAUGCGCCCCAGACAAGCAUCCUCGAAGGCAUUAUUUGCAGCCGCCAUUACAACUCCGUUCCGGGCGAACACGACUGCACGGUAGGCCCUGUCCAGGCUGAGCUUGCGACAGUCAAUCAAUUGCUCAACACUUUCAAUCGUCUUCCAGGGCUCUUAGUGGCUAUACCCUUCGGCAUCUUGGCUGACCGCUACGGACGUCGCCCCGUCAUCGUCUUGCCUAUACUCGGCGCUCUCUUGCAGGAUGUCAUCUCAAAGACAAUUCUAUGGCACCCGGACAUGUUCCCACCGCGCCUUAUCUGGUUGUCUUCGAUUGCGACCUUCGUGGGCGGAGGCGAUGCUGUUGCUAGCUCCAUGAUCUUCCUAGUUGUCGCUGACGUCGCCCCACCGCGAGAUGUUUUGACUAUUCUUGGUGGCAUGGUUCCGCUCCUCCUCCUGCCAGAGACUUUGCGGAAGACGUCACCUGAAACGGAAACACUUUCACGCGAUACUGGUCCAGAUGAUGAGAGGCACGCCGAGGUGGAUGGCACGCCGCCAAUACCUACGCACUCUGCCAUGGCUUUAAGGCUCCGGCCUCUCGUAAAGCGUAACGUCAUCGCUGUUCUGUUAGCCUUCUUCGUUUCCGCUUUAGGGCGUCAGUCGAUGAGUUUCCUCCUUCAGUACAUUCGGCAGCGCUUCAACUGGAAGUACGAAAAGGCUAGUCUUUUGAUCACAGUUCGAGCCGCCAUAAACCUUGCUCUGCUCCUAGUUGCACUUCCGGCUCUUAACAGAGUCCUGGUAAAACGCAAAAUGAGCGCCCAAGGCAAGGAUCUGCUUAUUAGUCGCCUUUCCCUUGCCUUCUUUGCCGUCGGGUCGCUCGUUAUUUCGGCAGCUCCUAUCGUGGCCCUCGCGGCACUGGGUAUCGCCAUCUUCGCGUUAGGUUACGGCUUUGCCCCAGCCGCACGCAGUCUUGUGACUACCUUCUGUCACCAGGAUGAAGCAGGGCUGCUCUACUCGGCCCUGGCGGUAACACAAUCUAUCGGCGGACUCGUUGCAGGCCCCCUACUUACUCUAUCCUUUCGAUGGGGCCUCAGCCUUGGUCGGAAGGGGUGCACGGAUUUGGCCGACCAGACAGAAGUUCCCAACGUGAGGAUGGUAGGCGUCCACCUCUGA